UACGGCUAUUGAUUACCGUGUUCGAUGGUGAAAUCGCAGCCUUUUCACAGUGCAUCAGGGAGAUAUUGGAUAUCAAAGUCCUUUUGGCUAUGCGACUCAAUGGAGCGCAGUGGCCUUUUGUGUGAUCACUUUUGAUUUUAAUAAUUCGUCACGGUCAAUUGAAAGCCUGCACGAAAUGUUCGGAAGGAGCCUGAAGACGACGAAGAAGCUGCUGAACCACUCCACUUCGCUGCGCACCGUCGAGUACCAAAGGUCGCUGAGAAAAAAAUUUGGUACCAAUAAUGAUGUUAAAGAAGUAGUGGCAAAAAACACACGAUGGUGGAGCUGGUCAAACCUGAUUUAUCCAAUUCCUACUGGUGUAGGGUUGACUUUACUAGCUGUACUUCAAUGGCGUCGUCUAAACAAGCAACAACCCGAAAACGAACAACAACCCAUCUAUACUCGAAAUUUAAGGCUAUCAUUUUACAAAGCUAUUCCAUUACGAGCAAUGUCACGUUUAUGGGGCUAUAUAUCAGGAUGUUAUAUUCCACGGAAUUUAAGAUAUUGGUUAUAUACUGCAUACUCCAAAUUAUUUGGAGUUAUUAUAGAAGAAAUUGAAUUACCAAUGGAAUCUUAUAAAAGCUUAGGAAAAUUUUUUGCUAGACGAUUAAAAGAUGGAGCUCGACCAAUAUGUACUGAUCGGUCUAUUGUAUCUCCUGCUGAUGGAACCAUAGUAAGCGUUGGUCGUGUAACAUCUUGCCAAGUUGAACAAGUUAAGGGUGUUACAUAUACUAUCAAGUCAUUUUUAGGUUCACCAACUUGGUUAGAUGACUUUGAUACUUUAAGAUUAGAACCAUCACCAGUAAAUACUACCACAAAAUGUGAUCUAAUGAAACAGGACUCAACAUCUAAUUAUAGUGGUUGGUCGAUCAAUUCCACUUUCCUGUUUUAUCAUUAUGGCCUACUUACUAUGCACAUGUACUGCAUCAAUUUCAUAUUCAAUUUCCUCUCACAAGGUGUAAGCUUUUUCAGCUUAUCAUUUAAAAAACAAGAUGUAGCAUUGUCCGACAAUACUCAAGAAAAAACAGUAUCCGUUGAACGACAAGACAAAAAUGAUAACGAAUGUGAACCAUUUGAUCCGCAUUGGAACGAAUAUAGAUCAAAGUUGUUGCAUAACUCAGACAAUGAAUUGUAUCAACUGGUGAUUUAUUUAGCUCCUGGAGAUUAUCAUAGAUUUCACUCACCAGCUCAAUGGACUGUCAAAUUUCGAAGACAUUUUCAAGGUGAACUAUUAAGUGUCAAUCCGAAAAUAGCUCGUUUACUACCAGACUUAUUUGUAUUGAAUGAAAGAGCAGUGUAUGUUGGAGAAUGGGAACACGGUUUUUUCUCAAUGACUGCUGUGGGUGCUACAAACGUAGGGUCCAUCAAAGUACACUCUGACAAGGGUUUACAAACUAAUAUGAGAUGCCGUAGAAAAGACUUCAAUCAACACGACUGUUCAUUAGAAACUCAAUGGUCAAUGGGACAAGAAGUUGGAGAAUUUAGAAUGGGUUCAACUGUUGUGUUAUUAUUUGAAGCACCCAAAGAUUUCGUUUUUGAUGUUGAAGCUGGACAAACUAUUCAAAUGGGACAAGCUAUUGGCAGAAUAGGUGUUUCACAGGCUGAUUCUAUUACUUCAAAAUUAAUUUAAGUAAUUAAUAAAAAUAAAAAAAUCCUAUUGUCUCAUAAAAGCUUCAGUACAUC